ACGAAUGGUCGAACUUUCGCGCCGAGUGAGACUUUUAGCUGGACACUUGAAUGCAGCAUACGUCAAAUGGUCAAAAAGCAAAGCUCGGUUCUCAGCGCAACUCGGCAGAGAAUUCCCUUGACACUUUUAGCCAUGUGCCAGUGUAUUUAUUAGUUACCCCAGCGCUAGCCGAGAAAAUAAGAGCAAGGCAAACUCUGAGAACACUGUCCGUGAGUGACCCGCGGAGCAGCAGCAGCAGCAGCAGCAGGGGGAGCCCAUCAGCAGCCCUCGAACGGAACAGCUGUGAUCCAGGGUAGUGGACGAGCGGCUCCGUCACUAGAAAAACCAUACACAUUUCCCCCAAAGCAUUUAUGGAGGCUGUUUUCAACUGCAAACCAGAGGACUUGGAGGAUUACUACGGGCUGUUAGGCUGCGAUGAAUUGUCGUCGACUGAACAGAUUGUCAACGAAUACAAGAUCCGAGCCUUGGCAUGUCACCCAGACAAACACCGAGACAACCCAAGGGCAGUGGCAGAUUUCCAAAAACUGCAAGAAGCCAAAGAGGUUUUAUGCAAUGAAACCAAAAGGAAAAACUACGACGUUUGGAAACGAAGUGGAGUUACUAUUCCGUUCCAUGACUGGCAAGCCCUGAACGACUCUGUAAAAACUUCAAUGCAUUGGGCUGUGAGAGAUAAGAAGGAACCAAUGCUGGAGGCCUCCAAAGCAGAAAUCCCAGUCACUUCCCAAGCAAAGGACCUUCUUUGUGAGCGGGAAGCCCCGGGGAUCCCCUCAUGUGAUGACAUGCCAUCCUCAAGUGAUUACUGCCAUCGGCGUUUCCGUUGGGCCGCUGACUCUCCAUCUAAUCUACUGCGGAAGUUCAGAAAUUAUGAAAUCUAAUUAUAUGAACAGUUUCAAUUUGUUUAAAAGUUUGUCUUUUGUGUCUUUUAGUUGUCACUCAUUCACUUGGGACCUGUUAACUAAUUUCAAUGUUUGUGAAUGUGGUCUGGCUGUCUCUCCACCAAAUGCCUUGCAUAAAAUGGAAAUUUGUCUGUUGCACGUGUGAAAUACUUUGUCUAACAACAAUCAGUUAGUUGCGCAUUAGAUUAUAUGAAUAAUGUAUGUUGUUAUUUGUCUUGCUCAGUUGUUAAAUAUGUACCCUAACACACAAUGGAGAUAUGAUCAUGCCUGAUACUGGAGUACCUUUAAUGCUAUAAUGUGUAAUUUUGUGUUGCAGUCAAGCUCGUAAUGUUGGGAACACAAAUCUGAAACAUAUCAUGUUCAUUAUUUGCUGAAAUGUAUCAUUUAAUGUCUUCAGCUGUAAUGGAGGCUAUAAAAUCAUUACUUCAGUUGGAAA